AUGGAAAAGAAGCGAAAAAUUGAUAGUGAAUGCAGAAAAUUCAAAGAUCAGUGGAACAUUCAGUAUUUCGUAAUUGAGUCCAGUAACAAGGCGCUAUGUUUGAUUUGCAAUGAAAGCAUAUCUGUUCUCAAAGAAUAUAACAUUAAACCUCAUUAUGAAACAAAACAUUUUCAAAAUUACUCAAAAUGUACAGGAAGUAUGCGGACAGAAAAAUUCGAAGCUAUGAAGCGCGGAUUGAAAUCGCAGCAAUCUUCAUUUACAAAACUCAAAACUGAACAAGAGGCUGCAACUCGUGCCAGCUUUCGUGUGGCUCUUGAAAUUGCAAAACGUGGAAAACCAUUCACCGAUGGAGAAAUGAUCAAAGAAUGCAUAAUUGCAGUAGCCGAAGAAAUGUGCCUGGAAAAGGUAAAUUUAUUGAAAACUGUCCGUAUGUCAGCAAAAACUGUGGCUCGACGGGUAGAAAACAUCGCUGAAAAUAUAUCCUCUCAACUGUUCGACAAAAAUGGACAUGUUGAGUGGUUUUCUUUGGCCUUGGAUGAGUCAACGGAUGUGUCAGAUAAAAGUUAUGAAGUGCAUAAAGAACUUCUUGAUAUGUAUAGUAUUCAUGGCACAACUACUGGUACAGAUAUUUUUAAAGGAGUUGAAAUGGCUAUUAACCAAAAGAACCUUCGAUGGAAAAACUGUAUUACAACUGAUGGAGGCAAAAACAUGAGUGGCAAAGAUAAAGGAGUGGUCGCUCUUGUGUCUGUAAAAAAUGACGGUGGUUCAACACAAUUUGAUAAUUUGAUUAAUUUGCUCGUGGGGUUUUCUGUUUUCUGUUUUUGGUACUACUCAUUUGAGAGAAGACUUUCUCCAAAAUGA